CUACAUACUUCAACAUACCUUGAUGUUCUAAUUCAAAAUAGUUCUAUACUUUAGGCUAUUUAUAGCAUGUUGUAGUGAGGUAGUGGUUACUAUAAAUAGAAAUCCCAUCUUCACAAACAAUUCUCCAACCAUAUAGUAAGUGUAUUCACCAUCUACUCUUAUAGUAAAGUCAAGUACUCCAAAGCUAAGCUCUAAUCAAUGGCAAGUUUAUUACAUGAGAACUUGAUCAUCUUCCAUAUCCUUGUAUGUCUUUCAAUUUUGUUGUUGCAUGUGGAGGCAAAGCCAAAGCAUCAUCAUCAUGGCCUUGAAGUAUAUUACUAUAAGCAUACAUGUCCAUUUGCCGAGAAAAUAAUUAGGGAAGAGGUUCAUAAGGCAUCCAUACAUGAUUAUAGAGUUCCUCCUCGCCUUCUUCGUAUGUUUUUCCAUGACUGUUUUGUUAGGGGGUGUGAUGCUUCGAUUUUAUUAGACUCUAUGAAGCACCAUGAUGCAGAGAAAGAUGCAGACAUAAACAUGUCAAUACGAUCAUAUUAUGUGAUUGACAAGAUAAAAAAAAAGCUCGAAAAGGCUUGCCCUAAGACGGUAUCAUGUGCAGAUAUUAUUGCUUUGGCUGCUAGGGACGUAGUUGUUCUGGCUGGAGGACCAUAUUGGGAUGUUCCGACUGGGAGAAAAGAUGGAAAGAUAUCGAACGCAAAAGAGGCUAAAGAGGAGCUACCAGUACCAUCCUUUAACACAACAAAGCUCAUAAAAAAUUUCAAGAGAAAAGGCCUAAGCAUCAAAGAUUUGGUUGCCCUUUCGGGUGCCCAUACAAUAGGGUUUUCACAUUGUUCAUCCUUUGAAGCUCGUUUACACGAUUUUAACAAAGAUUUCGAUUUUGAUCCUAGCAUGGACUUCAUCUUAGCACAAACACUUAAAGAAAAAUGUCCUCAUAAACAUAAAAGAAGCAAUAAUGCAGGGUAUCACUUGGAUUCGAGUUAUUUAGAGUUCGAUAAUGAAUACUAUAGAAGAUUAAUUGCGCGUAGGGGUGUACUUCAUUCGGAUCAAUCUUUAUACAAUGAUUAUCGGACUAAGUUUUUGGUUGAAUCAUACGCUAAAUAUGAAACAUUGUUCUUCAUGGAAUUUUCUGAUGCCAUGGUUAAAGUCGGAAAUUUGGGUGCAAAAGAUCAUCAUAAGGGGGAAGUACGUAAAAAUUGUAGAUUAGUGAAUAAAAAACGUGAUUAGUCGUAUGCAAUGCGAUAAUGA